AUGAACACUUACCUCAUUCUCCUAUGCUUGCUGUCUGAAGGUAAGUUAUUUUCCAUGGCUUCUGACCAGUUGAUUCUGCUCGUAUAAGAUAAAGCAACAUUUCCCACGUUUGACAGGUCAUUGAUUAUUUUGUAUGUAGGCUAAACUUCUUUUAUUUACUUGUUUCCCUGACUUCUUUCUUUUGUAGCCGUCUCUGUCAACGUCGUAGCUAGAGGAGACACCAGGGUGGACUUCAAUGGCGAUGCAUCAUAUGCCUGCACCCUUGCGGACCCGACAGGUGUGCUGCAAGUUACCUGGCAGAGGCUGUUCAAAGACGACUCGGUGGAGAAUCUUGCCACCUACAGCAAGCGAUUUGGAGCUCAAAUCAUAGACCCGCACCGAGACAAGGUGGUUUUCACUGAGGCAUCUCUCAACUCGUCGUCUAUUACCGUGAAGAAUGUAACAUGGGCGGACGAAGCCUGCUAUAUUUGUUCCUUCAACGUUUACCCGAGUGGAUCAAGACGCAAGCAGCCUUGUCUUACCGUUCAAGGUUAGUCAACUAACUAAUCAACGAAUUAACUAGUUAACUAUUAAUGAACUGGUCAACUAAUUAUCCACCCUUUGAUUAGGCCUAGUUGAAUCAGGUGUGCCGGUGGAAUAGAAGCGCUAAAAAGUCUCUGGGGGUGUUCUUGGAGAGAAUCCUUUUGGGGAAAACACUGUUACAUAGCAUUCAUAAAGUCUUCACAAUAAAUGCUUCACAACUAAUUUAUAAGCAAAAUCAUACAAAUAAAGAGUAACGUUAGGCUUCGUUUACACAGGCACCCCAAUUCUGAUCUUUUGCCCAAUUAUUGGCAAAGGAGCUGAUUAGAUUGGUCAAAAGACUAAUUAGUGAAAAAAGAUCAGAGUUUAGCCAACCUUUACAGCAGGACUAAGGCAGGAUUUCUGAAUCAUACAGUAGGGCCAAGGGUUUAUUAAGCCAUUUAAACCAAAAUAUGAAAUGGAAUUAUAACUUCUCAGAUUUAUUGUGUUGUCCGUCUUGUAAAUAAUAAUUUAUUCUUAAUUGACCUGCCUGGUAAAAUGAAGGUAAAAUCAAUGUGAGCUAAUAUUCCCUGUUUCAUCUAUUCUAAGGUGUAUCUGAAGUGAGAGCCACAAUGCAAAAAGUCCCCAGCACUGAACCUAAAGCAGACAUGGAAGUUGUGGUCAGCUGCUCAGCCACGGGAAAACCAGCACCUUGGAUCCAAUGGAACAUUUCUGCAGCGGCACUAAUAAAGACGCCUAACAACUGGACUGUCGUUAACAAAGACCAAACUGUCACAGCCAUUAGCAACAUCACCCUCCAACUGUUGCCAGGUUCAGGGGGAUACGUGGACUGUAUGGUAAACAAUGGGAUGAGGACACAGAGACACGAGAGAGUUCUGCUUCCUGUUCUCCCUGGAGAGAGGGAGGUUGAAGAGGGUACGUAAUGUUGACGUGUCAUAUACUUUUAGACCAUACACUUUUAGAGUGUCAGUUCAGUACAGAAUGGUCCAACUUGAAAACGACAUUGAGAAAACAUCCUCAUCCCCAGUGGCAUGGUGGGAUAGCCUAGUGAACCAGCCAGAUCGUGCGAUAGCUCACUAUUCUAACAGAAUGGUGAGCACGAUGAGAUCAGGCUGGUUGCAAGAGGCUAAUGUUGUGAUGCUGGUAGUGCUGUUAAUCUAAUCGCACCAGUUAAGUUUCAUUUUGACUUCUGUGGUAAAGAAUCACGAGUCACUCCCUGUAGAGUCAAGUGUGUUAUUGAGUUCUGAGUAGUUUCCUGCCCCUCAGGGAAGGUAAAUGAAGGAUGGAUGAUAUGUUAAAGGGGAAAACCAUAUCAACAUUCUAUUCAAACAGACUUAAUUGAAAAGGGCGGCAGGUAGCUUAGUGGUUAAGAGCGUUGUGCCAGUAACCGAAAGGUCGCUGGUUCUAAUCCCCGAGCCGACUAGGUGAAAAAUCUGUCGAUGUGCACUUGAGCAAGGCACUUAACCCUAAUUGCUCCUGUAAGUCGCUCUGGAUAAGAGCGUCUGCUAAAUGACCAAUUUAUAUUAUUUAUAAAAGAGGAGGUACAAUUCCCAGCUUCCUCUUCUCAAGAAAUAGGAUCUCUUCAAAUGCAUGCUCACUGCAAUUUCAUGUUUCACCAUCCAGAUGACAAGAGGAUAUCCCCGUGGGCGGUUGGCAUUCCAGUUAUCCUAAUCAUUUCCUUUUUAGUCAUCUGCGGCAGUGUCAUGCUUCAAAAGAAAAAAGGUGAGUCCGCACAAGAUUACCAUAAGGUUGAAGGAAUUGUCCGUAGAGCUCAGAGACAGGAUUGUGUCAAGGCACAGAUCUGGGGAAGGGUACCAAAAAAUGUCUGCAGCAUUGAAGGUCCCCAAGAACACAGUGGCCUCCAUCAUUCUUAAAUGGAAGAAGUUUGGAACCACCUAGACUCUUCCUAGAGCUGGCUGCCCGGCCAAACUGAGCAAUCGGGGGAGAAGGGCCUUAGUCAGGGAGGUGACCAAGAACCCGAUGGUCACUGACAGAGCUCCAGAGUUCCUCUGUGGAGAUGGGAGAACCUUCCAGAAUCAGGCCUUUAUGGUAGAGUGGCCAGACGGAAGCCACUCCUCAGUAAAAGACACAUGACAGCCCGCUUGGAGUUUGCCAAAAGGCACCUAAAGGACUCUCAAACCAUGAGAAACAAGAUUCUCUGGUCUGAUGAAACCAAGAUUGAACUCUUUGGCCUGAAUGCCAAUCGUUUUCCAGCGGCAGGGACUUGGAGACUAGUCAGGAUAAAGGGAAAGAUUAAUGGACAAAAGUACAGAGAGAUCCUUGAUGAAAACCUGCUCCAGAGCACUCAGGACCUCAGACUGGGGUGAAGGUUCACCUUCACCACCAGGGGGGGGGGGAUAUAUUUGUCUGUGUUAGGCUUCUAUUUAAUUUAACUUGAAUCCAUUUUGAGAUGAUAGCACCUGUGUUAAUGUAAGGUUUAUGCUGUUAUUAUUACAUCCUGUACCUAUAGUAAUAUAGAUACAUUAAUGUUUUACCUCCUUUGUUAUAUCAAUGCAAUGUAUGAAUGUAUUUGAGCACUGAAAAUGUAAUGGUGAUGAUGACAAUGUUUGCACUUUGAUUGUUUGAUAUACUGUACCUUGUUCACUAGAUUUAAGUGUAUCACAUUUUAGUUCCUGUUUGUAUUUAUUUUGAUCAUGGAUGUUGCUCGUUGUGUUUGACCUCACUUGAUUUGACACUGUUUAUAAAUCAGGCUAUUAUUCUCGCUUGAUCUGUACAAUGUUUUAGAUUGUUUAAGAUUCAAAAGCAUUCUUUAAAUGUAUUGUGUUCUCCCCUAUAAAACUAUAUGCUGUAUUUAAAAAAUCACAAACUGCCCAUUGUCACCUUGUUUACAGUAACAUCACCAUUUAAAUCAGGGUUAGGUUGUUAUAGGUCUGCACCAGGCUCACUUGGCGGUGUGUGUAAUAUUUUGAGAAGAGUUCAUCUAAUUAACCUUCUCAACUAAAACUGGUAAAACACCAGCAGAGUUUACUUUUACUGUAUGGGGAGGGACUUCUGCCAAAAAGGUCGGUAUGUGAUAGGUCCAUUCGAAUCAGGAGGGAAAUUCACAAUUCUUCCUAAGAACUCACAUUUUCACCAUGGCUCCUGCACUCCACAACUAUCUGUUUAUUUAGCUAAUAGUCCUCCCUAAAGGUGAGUUAUAUCAGUUUUAUGCAUGAUAUACUGCAUUUGUCAGCUUUCUAUUUUAAUUGAAAAAGUAUUGCUGACACUCUAGCUUUUCUUUAUGAAAUGAGGUGCUUUAAAAACCUGUUUAACUGAUCAAACCUAUUUAUUUCAAUACACUGCAUUCAUCAUUUUAUUUAUCUUCCACUAUACAGAUAGACUAAAAUAUAUACAGAUGAAUGUAGUGAAAGUCACUGUAUAAACUGUAUAGUACAUUUUACAUUUAGCAGAUGCUCUUAUCCAGAGCGACUUACAGGAGCAAUUAGGGUUAAGUGCCUUGCUCAAGGGCACAUCGACAGAUUUUUCACCUAGUCGGGUCGGGGAUUAGAACCAGCGACCUUUCGGUUACUGGCACAACGCUCUUAACCACUAAGCUACCUGCCGCCCCACUAGUAUAGUGGAAGUCAAUGUAUAAACUGUAUAGUGUAGUGGAAGUCACUGUAUUAACUGUAUAUUUAACUAUUUAUUUUUUAUUUAACCUGUAUUUAAUUAGACAUGCCAGUUAAGAACAAAUUAUUUACAAUGACGGCCUACCAAAAGGCAAAGGCCUCCUGCGGGUACGGGGGCUGGGAUUAAAAAUAAAUAUAUAGGGCAAAACACAUCAAGACAAGACAGACCUAACACAACAUAGCAUGGAAGCAACACAUGACAACACAGCAUGGUAGCAACACCACAUGACAACAACAUGGUAGCAACAUUAUUGGGCACAGACAACAGCACAAAGGCAAGAAGGUAGAGACAACAAUACAUCACGCGAAGCAGCCACAAAUGUCAGUAAGAGUGUCCAUGAUUGAGUCUUUGAAUGAAGAGAUGGAGCUCAAACUGUCUAGUGUUUUUUGCAGCUCGUUCCAGUCGCUAGCUGAAGCGAAAUGAAAAGAGGAGCGACCCAGGGAUGUGUGCGCUUUGGGGACCUUUAACAGAAUGUGACUGGCAGAACGGGUGUUGUAUGUGGAGGAUGAGGGCUGCAGUAGGUAUCUCAGAUAGGGGGGAGUGAGGCCUAAGAGGGUUUUAUAAAUAAGCAUCAACCAGUGGGUCUUGCGACGGGUAUACAGAGAUGACCAGUUUACAGAGGAGUAUAGAGUGCAGUGAUGUGUCCUAUAAGGAGCAUUGGUGGCAAAUCUGAUGGCCGAUUGGUAAAGAACAUCUAGCCGCUCGAGAGCACCCUUACCUGCAGAUCCAUAAAUUACGUCUCCAUAAUCCAAUAAAGAGCUCCCGAGUGCCGCAGCGGUCUAGAGGCGUCACUACAGACCCGGGUUUGAUCCCGGGCUGUAUCACAACCGGCCGUGAUCGGGAGUCUCAUAGGGCGGCGCACAAUUGGUCCCGCGUCGUCCGGGUUAGGGGAGGGUUUGGCCCAACGUCAUCCGGGUUAGGGGAGAGUUUGGCCCAACGUCAUCCGGGUUAGGGGAGGGUUUGGCCGAGGGGGCUUUACAAGUAGGCCGUUAUUGUAAAUACAAAUUCUUAACUGACCUGCCUAGUUAAAUAAAGGUUAAAUAAAAUAAAAUACAAAUCUAGCAUGGGUAGGAUGGUCAUCUGAAUCAGGGUUAGUUUGGUUAAGUAUGAUUUAAUCAGUGAACAAAGUAAGAGGAUUGAUCUAAAGCCAUAGCUCCUUAUAUCAACUGAUAUCCACACGUUCUGUAGUUGAUGUUACUUUAAUAAUUCAACACAUGAACCCAUACUGCAGUCAGUUUAAAAGUCCCUUCAUUCAUAACUUCCUCCUACUGUACCUAGACUAGAUUAUAGACUAGUUCUGUACUCCCCCUUCUGGCCAUUCUGAGAACUACACCACUAUAUAUUGUAUACAGUGAAUCCGGAAAGUAUUCAGACUCCUUCACUUUUUCCAUAUUUUCUUACGUUACAGCCUUAUUCUAAAAUCGAUUAAAUUGUUUUUUUCCCCUCAUCAAUCUACACACAAUAUCGCAAAAUAACAAAGCAUAAAACAGGUUUUCAGAAAUGUUUGUAAUUUUAAUAUUACAUUUACAUAAGUAUUCAAAUCAAAUCAAAUCAAAUUGUAUUGGUCACAUGCGCCGAAUACAACAGGUGCAGACAUUACAGUGAAAUGCUUACUUACAGCCCUUAACCAACAGUGCAUUUAUUUUUUUGUUGUUGUUUUAAAAAUAAAACAACAAAAAAAGUGUUGAGAAAAAAAAGAGCAGAAGUAAAAUAAAAUAACAGUGUAUUCAGACCCUUUACUCAGUACUUUGUUGAAGCACCUUUCGCAGCGAUUACAGCCUUGAGUCUUCUUGAGUAUGACGCUAUAAGCUUGGCACACCUGUAUUUAGGGUGUUUCUCCCAUUCUUCUCUGCAGAUCCUCUGAAGCUCUGUCAGGUUGGAUGGGGGGCGUCACUGCACAGCUAUUUUCAGGUCUCUCCACAGAUGUUCGAUCGGGUUCAAGUUCGGGCUCUGGCUCUGGCUGGGCCACUCAAGGACAUUCAGAGACUUGUCCCGAAGCUUGUCCUGCAUUGUCUUGGCUGUGUGCUUAAGGUCGUUGUCCUGUUGGAAGGUGAACCUUCGCCCCAGUCUGAGGUCCUGAGCAGGUUUUCAUCAAGGAUCUCUCUGUGCUUUGCUCCGUUCAUCUUUCCCUCAAUCCUGACUAGUCUCCCAGUCCCUGCCGCUGAAAAACAUCCCCACAGCAUGAUGCUGCCACCACCAGGCUUCCCUGUAGGGAUGGUGCUAGGUUUCCUCCAGAAGUGACACUUGGCAUUCAGGCCAAAGAGUUCAAUCUUGGUUUCAUCAGACCAGAGAAUCUUGUUUCUCAUGGUCUGAGAGUCCUUUAGGUGCCUUUUGGCAAACUCCAAGCGGGCUGUCAUGUGACUUUUACUGAGGAGUGGCUUCCGUCUGGCCACUCUACCAUAAAGGCCUGAUUGGUGGAUUGCUGCAGAGAUGGUUGUCCUUCUGGAAGGUUCUCCCAUCUCCAUAGAGGAACUCUGGAGCUAUGUCAGAGUGACCAUCGGGUUCUUGGUCACCUCCCUGACCUAGGCCCUUCUCCCCCGAUUGCUCAGUUUGGCCGGACGGCCAACUCCAAGAAGAGUCUUUGUGGUUCCAAACUCCUUCCAUUUAAGAAUGAUGGAGGCCACUGUGUUCUUGGGGGCCUUCAAUGCUGCAGACAUUUUUUGGUUGCCUUCCCAGGAUCUGUGCCUCGACACAAUCCUGUCUCGGAGCUCUACGGACAAUUCCUUCCACCUCAUGGCUUGGUUUUUUCUCUGACAUGCACUGUCAACUGUGGGACCUUAUAUAGACAGGUGUGUGCCUUUCCAAACCAUCUCCAAUCAAUCGAAUUUAACACAGGUGGACUCCAAUCAAGUUGUAGAAACAUCUCAAGGAUGAUCAAUGGAAACAGGAUGCAUCUGAGCUCAAUUUCGAGUCUCAUAGCAAAGGGUCUGAAUACUUAUGUAAAUAAAGUAUUUCUGUUUUUUAUUUUUAAUACAUUUGCAAAAACAUUUAAACAACUGUUUUCGCUUUGUCAUUAUGGGGAAUUGUGUGUAGAUUGAUGAGAUAUUAAUUUUAAUUUAGUCCAUUUUAGAAUAAGGCUGUAGAGUAACAAAAUGUGGAAAAAGUCAAGGGGUCUGAAUAUUUUCUGAAUGCCCUGAAUAUACUGUUUAUACUGUAACACUUUCUAUGAAACCCAUGAUGCAUUAUACAGCAUUAUGCAUGUACUCAUAAUGUACUAUGAUAGGGUAAUAAUUUACCUAUCUAGCUGACAUGGGCUAGUAGUUGAUCAACUGUUUUUUUCUGACUGGUUAUAAACAGCUCACUAAGGUCUGUCAGGGAAUGACAUAACAAGAGGAAAACUGCUCAUACACUACCACAUUUCGAAAUCGCACCUUGUGGAUUCUACUAUUGCAGCUAUCAACAGCAGUAAAUUGAAGGCCUGACUGAGUUCCUAAAAAAAUCUCGGACCCGCGGCCCGUAUCGAGUCCGUUCUAGGUGUGGAUCCAAGACCGCGGCCCGUAUUGACCCCGUUCUAGGUCCAGAUCUGGACCACGGUCGCCAUUUGAGUAUGGCUGCUCUAUAAAGUAAUCUUUGAUUGGUUUAGCUAAAGUGAUGAAAUGCCUAAUAAUAAAGUGGUCAUUGUCCGCUUUUAGUGAAGUGAAACUUUAUGCACAUUUUAUGAUGACAUCACAAAUAUGUUUCAUUCUGUCUCACUGUUCUUUAUUCAAACAGUUACACAACACUACAUAACAUAACAUAACAUCACAACAUAACAUAAAUUGCCUCAAAAUUAUACUAUUGGCAAUUUGGCACUCCUGCACGUUGUAUUAACAUAAAUAGUCAAAAAUAGAAACAGGCAAAGCCCUGUGUGACAAAAUAUAGAAAAUUAUGGCUUUUCUCCAAAGCGACUUACAAUACAGUGUAUACAUUUUUUUGUAAUAUGGUCCCAGCGGGAAUCAAACCCACAAUGCACCAUGCUCUGCCAACUGUGUGUGUGUGAGUUUGUAAUAUAGUAAGUACUAAGUAGUGUGUAACUGUCUUCAUGAAGGGCUCUCUCAGUUGGUGAGAACACAGCAGGUUGUCACUGCAAUCCUGGGAGAAGAUGCAGUCUUAAACUGUGAACUCAUGAAACCCAAAGAAGUGCAGCAAGUAACCUGGCAAAAAUUGACACCAGGGGCGAAUGAAAAUGUGGCCACCUACAGUAAACGUGGUCCCAAUGUCAACCCACCUUUUAAGGGGAAAGUUGAGUUUGAAGACGAGGGUCUGCAGAACUGCUCUAUCAUCAUCAGAGGAGUAUCAAGAGGAGACGAGUCCUGCUACAAGUGUCUGUUUAACACCUUUCCAGAUGGAGCUAUCAGCGGAAGGACCUGCCUCCAAGUCAAUGGUAAAAACUGAUAACAUAAUGUACUGUAAAUGAUUGACCCAGAACAACUUCUUCAGAAUUUCAGGCAGCCAUUUUAUCAGAUCAUACAUCCAAUGUCUUGAAACCUUUUAUCAAAAUUGAAUAAUUUAGUAAACCACAAACCGCGGGCUCAGCUUCCGGCAGGGCAGGCGGAGGGGCAGAUUCCGGGUUGAGAGCCAGACCCGAUCACCCGGUACAAAGACCGGGGCCUCACUGCGGUGGCGGUCAGCGUUGGCCUUCUGACAAUGCACGGCGCGUUGGAGGUGGACAUGAGCAGCGUUCCACGUCUCCUCCAUGCGGCGAAACCAGUCAUCCACCGCAGGAACCUCGGUCUGGCUCUGGUGCCACAGUGCCAGAACCGGUUGAUAACCUAAAACACAUUGGGAUGGAGUUAGGUUAGUGGAGGAGUGACGGAGAGUGUUCUGGGUAUAUUCGGCCCAUGGCAAGAACACAGACCACUCCCCCGGCCGGUCCUGGCAGUAGGACCGCAGGAACUUACCCACAUCCUGAUUUACCUGUUCCACCUGCCCAUUACUCUCGGGGUGGAAACCAGAGGUCAGGCUGACCGAGACCCCCAGACGUUCCAUGAAUGCCUUCCAGACCUUGGAUGUGAACUGGGGACCCCGGUCAGACACUAUGUCCUCUGGUAUCCCGUAGUGCCGGAAGACGUGUGUAAACAGGGCCCCGCAGUCUGCAGGGCCGUGGGGAGACCGGGCAGAGGAUGGAGGCGGCAGGCCUUGGAAAAGCGGUCCACAACGACCAGGAUGGUGGUGUUACCUUGAGAGAGGGGCAGAUCAGUCAGGAAAUCAAUAAUUAGGUGAGACCAUGGCCGUUGUGGAACUGGUAAAGGCUGUUACUUACCCACUGGGAGGUGCCUAGGUGCCUUACUCUGGGCGCACACCGAGCAGGAGGAGACAUACACCCUCACGUCCUUCGCCAAGGUAGGCCACCAGUACUUUCCGGUUAGGCAGUGCACUGUACGACCGAUACCCGGGUGACCAGAGGAGGGGGACGUGUGUGCCCAGUAGAUCAGACGUCACGGACAAGAGCAGGCACGUACUGCAGCCCAGCUGGACACUGAGGUGGAGAUGGCUCUGUGCGUAACGCCUGCUCUAUAUCCACGUCCAUCGCCCAUACUACCGGCGCCACUAUGCAGGAGGCCGGGAGUAUGGGGGUGUUGUCUCUGGGCCUCUCCACUUUGUCAUACAGCCGUGACAGUGCGUCUGCCUUCACGUUCUUCGUACCCGGAAUGUAAGAUAGAGUGAAAUAAAACUGGGUGAAGAAUAGGGCCCACCUGGCCUGGCGAGGGUUCAGCCUCCUCACUUCCCGGAUGUACUCCAGGUUACGGUGGUCCGUCCAGACGAGGAAAGGGUGUUUCUCCCCUUCGAGCCAAUGCCUCCACACGGUCAGGGCUCUGACAACAGCCAACAGCUCCCGAUCACCAACGUCGUAGUUCUGCUCCGCCGGGCUGAGCUUCUUGGAGAAGAAGGCACAGGGGCGGAGCUUGGGUGGCGUGCCCGAGCGUUGACAUAGGACAGCGCCUAUCCCUACCUCGGACGCAUCCACCUCCACUACGAACAGUAGUGAUGGAUCGGGGUGGGCCAGUACCAGGGCUGAGGUGAACAGACCCCUCAGGUUACUGAAGGCCCUGUCAGCCUCAGCAGACCAGCGGAGCCGGGACGGCCCACCCUUCAACAGAGAUGUAUUGGGAGCUGCGACCUUGCCAAAGCCCCGGAUAAACCUCAGAUAGUAGUUGGUGAAGCCAAUAAAGCGCUGCACCUCCUUAACCGUGGUUGGAGUCGGCCAAUUACGCAUUGCUGAAAUGCGAUUUCCCUCCAUCUCCACACCUGAGGUGGUAAUGCGGUAUCCGAGGAAGGUGACGGACUGUUGGAAAAACAGACACUUUUUUGCCUUGGCAUAAAGGUCAUUUUCCAACAGUCGGGCCAGCACUUUGCAAACCAGGGACACAUGCUCGGCGCACAUAGUGGAAUACACCAGAAUGUCAUCGAUGUAGACCACUACACCGCGACCAAGCAUGUCCCGAAACACCUCGUUCACAAAGGACUGGAAGACGGAUGGAGCAUUCAUCAAACCAUAGGGCAUCACCAGGUAUUCAUAAUGCCCUGUGGUUGUGCUGAAUGCUGUCUUCCACUCAUCCCCCUCUCGGACAUGCACCAGGUUGUACACACUCCGGAUAUCUAAUUUGGUGAAGAAGCGCGCCCCAUGCAUUGACUCACCGAAGGAAUGAGGGGGAGAGGAUAACUAAAUAGUAUCGUCUCCUUGUUCAGUGAUCGAUAAUCAAUGCAAGGGCGCAGACCGCCAUCUUUCUUCUUCACAAAAAAUAAACUCGAGGAGGAGGGCGAAGUGGAGGGACGUAUACACCCCUGUCGCAGGGACUCGGUGACGUAUGUCUCAAUAGCCUCCGUUUCAGCCUGUGACAGGGGAUACACAUGACACUGUAAUCAGGAAAGUGGAUGUGUAGGGUACAGUGUGCAACAGAGGGCUCUGAACGAGUGUGGGUGUUCGAUACCUGGGGUGACGCGAGAGUGCCCUGCCUGCCGCCUCCAGACCCAAAAGAACGCUGAUGACGACAUGCGGUGAAAUGUCUUCUCGUGCCACCAGAGUGACACUGGCGCUAUCGUCCUCCGCUCUCUCGGAUCGCCGCUCCACCCAGCUCCAUCAGUUCGUGAUCCGAGUCGGCCGCCAGCAGGUUGUCCAAGCGGAUGGCCAUGUCCACCAGUUGCGUGAAGGACAACAUGGUGUCCCGGCAGGCUAGCUCCCUUCGGACGUUCUCCCGCAGAUGGCACCGGAAGUGGUCGAAGAGGGCCCGCUCGUUCCACCCGGACCCAGCUGCUAGAGUCCGGAACUCCAGGGCAAAGUCCGGCGCAGUCCUCGUCCCCUGCCUCAGGUGGACCAGCCGCUCGCCCGCCUCUCGACCCUCAGGCGGGUGAUCGAAGACAGCCCGAAAGAGGCGAGCGAACUCCCCGUAGUUGUCCAACGCGGCUCCUCCUUCAUUCCAGACCGCGUUGGCCCACUCCAGGGCUUUCCCCGAGAGGCAGGAGACGAGGGCGGACACCUUCUCCCGCUCCAAUGGGGCCGGCCUGAUGCUGGAGAAGUAGAGCUCCAGUUGGAGGAGGAAUCCCUGGCAGAGAGCAGCUGUCCCGUCAAACUCCCUUGGUCGGGAUAUAUGGAUCCCUCUGGAUGCUGGGGUGUGGGUGGCUGGAUCCGGUCGCCCAGCUGGUCUCGACAGAUCGUUGGGCCAGUAACCCAAAGGUCGCUAGUUUGAACUUGAGCAAGGCAGUUAACCCUAAUUGCUCCAGGGUCUCCGUUGAUAAUGGCAGACCCUGGCUGGUGUCUCAGGGGGAGUUGGGAUAUGCAACAAAAUAACAUUUCCAAUUCAGACAUGCUUAUAAUACACACUGUGUGAAAUAGGACGAAUAUAAACACACACCUAAUAAUAAUAAUCUUAAACAUGUUAUUUAUUUAUUUAAAUGUUAUAUAUUUGUGUAUUUUUGUAUUUAUUUAUUAAUUGUGGGAGGUGUCACACUUCAUUGUCUAUUGAUGCUUCCAGUUGAUAAUGGAAAGCAGCUGCAUUAUAGAAAGCAUACAGGGGAUUCAGCAGAUUACAUACACAAUGUUCUAAAUCCUUUGCGAGUUCCUGGGGUGGAUGAGGUAAGUAUGGUAUCUAAUGUCAUGUUGGCUUUCAUACACUCAUGGUUUUCUGAGGUACUACACAUGCACCCCCAUUCUGAUAUAUUCCCAAUUAUGUGCAAAAGACCUGAUCUGAUUGGUCAAAAGACCAAGUAGUUAAAAAAUAUAUCUGAAUUGGGUUGCCUGUGUAAACAACGCUUUAUGGCAGCCCAUUUCAGAUCUUUUGACAGUUAUUUGCAUAUAUGAUACCUAUCUGUUAUUUUCCCUAAUGUGUAAACAGCAAAAAAACACAUGGAAUCUGAUCUUUUGUCUUCCUAUUUAUAACACCUCCACAUGUGGAGCAGAAUCCUGAUACAAACCCCAUCCUCCAUAUGCGACCUCCGUCUGAACGCUCAGAUCUGAUUUUUUUUGUUCUUGCACCUGACAUUACCAUGACAACCACCCCAAAAUGUAAAGGAACAGCGACAGGAAAUGAGAAUUGCAUCUGUGUGCUUCUUCAGAGUGUGAAUUUCUUAAAUCUGAUAUGGGUCACAUGUUAAACUGAGUGUGGACAGUCAGAAAAAAAAAAUCAGAUUUGGGGUCUCAGGCUGCCUGUGUAAACACAGCCAUAGAACUUCAGAGGAAGCACUCUUUGCUGCAGCUCAGCUGUGAUAUUUGUAACUUCUGACUGUUCUACACCACACGAUUCUUCUAGUCAGCUGCUUAUCAAAACCUUGAAUAGUAGAAUAAUAUAAUAUAAUAAAAAUAAUAAUAUGCCAUUUAGCAGACACUUUUAUCCAAAGCGACUUACAGUCAUGUGUGCAUACAUUUUUACGUAUGGGUGGUCCCGGAGAUCGAACCCACUACCCUGGCGUUACAAGCGCCAUGCUCUACCAAUUGAAUCAGGUGUGGUAGAACUGGGCUGGAGCAAAAAGCCUGCACAACCACUUUAAGAGCCAUUUUGGCUACCCCUGAUUUAUAUGUAAAAAGUUCCUGUGUCUGAUGAUUAGGCUGUAAAUUAUGUAUUUUGUGAUAAUUCACUUUUGAAUAAAGGUACAGUAUUUUAGUACUAGGCCUGUCCUCAGUCAACUUUAAAGUAACUUAAAAAGUUUAUGUUGAAGAUUUUUGUAUUUUCCAGGAGCUUGCUCGAUUGUCUUUCCAGUUUAUCCCACAUUGCCUUAAAUGGGUUUCUGGUUUUUCGCUUCCCUCUGGAAAAUCAGCUGUUAGUAUUUCACUGUAACAUUGAAUAAAUAAUCAUAACUACCUUAUUUCUAUUGCCAUUUGUCAUCAUUGUGUACUUUUACUUCAGAUAGAUAACACAUUAUUGAUAGCUUUCUGCAUGUGGAAAUGUUGUGUAAUGUAAUGUAAAUCACCUUUUGGUGUAAAAACCAUGGAAAUAAACACAAAGACGAUGUUUUAAAUGAGAAGGUAAAAAACUGAAAAAGACAGGAAAUUCUAAUGAGUACCACAGCCCACUUCACCAUACACUACCAAGGUUUUCCAGCAGACAGCUUUUUUGUAUCCAUCUUUUGCUUUAAACAGGUGUAGGAUCUUAAUUUGGGUCAGUUUCCUACAGCAGGAAAAUAAUCCUUCAGCAACAGGAAAUGUGGAUUAUAAAUCAUGGACAUUUUUUGUAGGGGAUGAUACAUUUUUCGUUAGGGCAAAUCAAGUUGACAUUUUAAAGUGGAAAUUACUAACUUCAGAAGCCUUUUUAAACUUCAAAUACACUACAUGUUUGCAUUUCCUGCUGUGCAGGAAAAUCCUCUAAAGAGUAGCUGAUAAUUUGACAGAAAAAAAUAGUGUCAAGAGUUUGACAGAAAAAAACGAUAUACAGUAUCAAUUAAUCUCAAAACAACACACACAAACAGUCCAUUUCCCCCUCGACACAUGAAUAUCUUACAUGUCUUUCCCACGAUCACUUGGCUGCACAUGUAUAAUAUACUUUCAAAUCAAAUCUGCUUGCUGUGUGGAGCAUAGUUCAGACGCCACCCUCAUCUUUGAUUUCACACUCAAUUUGCUGGGCCAGUCAACAAACGGCAGUCGGGAGAGACUUACUUCACAGCUACAUCUUUGAGCAAGCAAUGGCACUGACACACACAAGGGGAAAACCUUCAUAUAGGUUAAGUUAAUCUCGCCAUUAGAUUCACUUAGCUAUGCAUGAUGAUGCAUAAUGUUAUUACCCCCAACCUUGCAACGGUGUUCUCCAGAUACCGUUUUGUUUACUUUCACUUGCACUGGAGGAGCUGUAGAGACUAGAAAUUGUCUUCAUUUCUAUUGGAGGAGUUCCCAAAACAAAUUCAAAAUUGGCCAACAAGGUUGCAGAACAGAGCUUGUUAGUUUUUGAACUAUCCAACGGACUACGUUACCAUGCCUCCCACAAUGCAUCCCUUGAAAACGGUUCCUAGCUGGAAAUACUACUUUGCCGCACAUCAUCCAGAUGUCCAUUUACAUCACCUAGCCUCACCUAGCUACAGAUUGCUGCCAUGGCUCGUGUUAAAAGUUGCCUUUCUGUUCUGCUGCUAUUCCUUGCUGAGGGUGAGUUAUAUCAGUUUUCAUAUGAACUACACUAAAUGUAUAGGUGCAUUAUGCAUCAGGUGUAACUGCAAAUAGACCUUAAAGGUAUACAAUUAAUUCGAAACAUUGUUUGAAGCUAAGGUUCCUUUUUACUGGUGAAUGGCCAGUCCGGUCACCAUCAGUUUACAAAUAUCAGCAUCUUCCUGUUCUAUACUGUAAAAAAUGAAAUUUAGAAAAAGUCCAUGUAGUUUAAAUAUCCUAGUUGACUGGACAUUUGAAUUGGGAGAUUGUUGAGCUGACAUGGAAUACUUGAAUAAAACAGUCUGAAUUUGCUGAAAAUCUCAACCUAAAAAAGUGUGUUGGCUCAAAAUACAUGUGUUCUAUUAACAUAUUUCCCAAUGUGCCUCUCUGCAAUUUGUAUUUUACUUUAUUUUAAUAAAUGUACUUGUCAGGGACCAGUUCACAAUUAAAAUAUAUAUUUCAGUAGCUGACAUAUGAUGCAUUACAUCAGAUAUAGCAAAAAAGUGUAUUUGUUGUCAGGAUAGAAAAAAAACACUGGCCAGUCAAUGAAUUGGAUAAUAACUGUGUCACGCUCGUUGAAGGACGGGACGGACCAAGGCGCAGCGUGAUAUGCAUACAUAUUUAUUAUACCGAAUAAACACACGACAAAACAAUAAACCAACGACACGUGAAGUCCUAAGGUAACACACAACAAACCUUACCCGGAACAAGAUCCCACAACCCACUAGUGCCAAUAGGCUGCCUAAGUAUGGUCCCCAAUCAGAGACAACGAGCUACAGCUGCCUCUGAUUGGGAACCACACCGGCCAACAUAGAUCUACACAUAAUAGACCUACAACAUAGAAUAUAUAUAACAAAGAGUAUACACACCCUGACUCAACAUAUAAGCGUCCUCUGAGUCAGGGCGUGACAGUACCCCCCCCCCCCCCCCCAAAGGUGCGGACUCCGACCGCACAACAUAAACAUAACAGGGUAGGGGCCGGGUGGGCACUCUGGCUCCGGAGUGGCGCAGCUGACCGGAGCUGGAUCAGGCACCGGUGGAGCGGACUGCUCUGGCUCCGGAGUGGAGCAGCUGACCGGUGCCGGAUUAGGCACCGGUGGAACGGGCACGGGCCGUGCCGGACUGGACAAACGCACCACUGGUCUGGUGCGAGGAGCAGGCACAGGCCGGGCCGGGCUGGCGACGCGCACCACUGGCUUGGUGCGAGGAGCAGGAACAGGCCGGGCCGGGCUGGCGACGCGCACCACUGGCUUGGUGCGAGGAGCAGGAACAGGCCGGGCCGGGCUGGCGACGCGCACCACUGGCUUGGUACGAGAAGCAGGAACAGGCCGGGCCGGGCUGGCGACGCGCACCACUGGCUUGGUGCGAGGAGCAGGAACGGGCCGGACCGGACUGGCGACACGCACCACUUGCUUGGUGCGAGGAGCAGGACUGGGUUCCUUGAUUAACCCCAGCUCCUUCUGCUGCCUAACCAGCUCCUCUCGCCGUGCCUCUACACCUUCCUUCUGCUCCCUCUGAACCAAUAGCCCCCGUAAUCUGGUGGCCUCCUCUCCUAACCAACAGAUCCGCCCUAUCGCGGCCUCCUGCUGCCUCGUUGUCCACACCGUGUGCCCCCCCAAAAAAAUUAUUGGGGUUGCCUCUCCACCCUGAUCCCUUUCAUGGCCUCCAUCUUCCUUGCCAGAUCCUCUCUUAUCUCCUGCCAAGUCCAUCCUCUCUGCUCCUCCUCGGCACACUGCUUGGUCCAGGUCUGGUGGGAUCUUCGGUCACGCUCGUUGAAGGACGGGACGGACCAAGGCACAGUGUGAUAUGCAUACAUGUUUAUUAUACCGAAUAAACACACGACAAAACAAUAAACCAACGACACGUGAAGUCCUAAGGUAACACACAACAAACCUUAUACGGAACAAGAUCCCACAACCCACUAGUGCCAAAAGGCUGCCUAAGUAUGGUCCCCAAUCAGAGACAACGAGCUACAGCUGCCUCUGAUUGGGAACCACACCGGCCAACAUAGAUCUACACAUAAUAGAUCAAAACAUAGAAUAUAUAUAACAAAGAAUAUACACACCCUGACUCAACAUAUAAGCGUCCUCUGAGUCAGGGCGUGACAAACUGAAACUGGAACGGAGUCAAGGUGGAGUCUAAGUACAACAUUAACAUACUUGUCUCAAACUUAAUACAAAUAUAACAACCUACAAAAUAAUUUCCAUACAAACAUCUAUCAAACACAUGAUUUUAAGUUGAUUGAACUUUAAUCCAACUUGUCUAGUUAAGUUGGAACAAAGUUUUGCCAACUUGUCUGAUUGAGUUAGAAAAGUUUAACUUAAAAUGUGAAGCUUACGCAACGCUUCUCCCAAAAGUUGAUUUAACUUAAAAGGCUGUCAGACUAGUUACGAAAAGAUCUUGAGUUGGGCCACCUUGAUUAUUUUUUACAUUGUAGUUCUCAGAGGUUGAUUUUAUUUCAUUUAAAGGUGCACUAUGCAGAAAUCACUCCGCCAUUUACUGGUUGCAAAAAUUUGAGUAGUUCGCCUAAUUUCAGUUUAUGUGACAAAACAAGCAAUGUUUAGUGUAGAGAAUCUAUGUAACAUCUAAACCGCUUUGAAAUAUAUUUUCAAUAACCAAAGAUAUUGUAUUUUCAGCUGUUUGAAUCUAGUGUACCAAACCUAAAGUAAAAGAUGCAAAAACGAAAGUUAAAAACGGGAAGCAUAGAAAUAGCUCACAUAAAAUAGUUAUACCGCUUCUUAGACUUGCUUUUAAUAAUGACAGAUCUAUAACACACUUUUCUAUGUGAAUUUGGUCAGCUCGCCCAAAAUGUUACAUAUUGCAGCAUUAAUUUUAUUAGGAUCUCUUUUAACCCACCAAGGGCUAGUCUUCCAAGAGUCCUUUGAAAUGGACAAACAUAUAAAAUGGGAAUUGAAAUGAUUGAUACACUACUGCAUAUGUAUUUAUGCAGUUGUUUAGUCCCUUCAGGGCAACUCCAGCGUUAUGGAUGUGACAUUCACACACAACAUGAGAAACAAAAUGGCUAAUUGACUUAUCAUAAAGGAAAAUGUUAAUGUGUAUAUUUGUAGAACCCUAUAGGGGAAGUGUAGACACAAAACGACACAAUUCUAAGUAAUACCAGUUUGAAGUAACUGAACAACAAAACAUGCGUUAUGGAUGUGACGGAAAUGUACAGGCAUUUCUGGGAGAAUGGACAUAUUAGCAAAAGUCUGUGAAUCUCAAAGUCUUAUGGUAAAAUACUGAUAGCCACUUUGAAAGUAAGGCUUGGCUACACACUAAAACAACAAUGAUGAACAUAUAAAAAUGGUCAUUUAUACUUUAGAGAGAAAAUGUACAGUUGUAACAUUCUCCAUUAUGGAUGUGACGCUGUGCAAAAUCAGUCUGGAAAGUAUUCAGACCCCUUUACUUUUUCCAAAUGUUGUUACGUUAUAGCCUUAUUCUAAAAUUGAAAUAUGUUUUUCCUCAUCAAUCAACAAAAACAAAACAGGUUUUUAGAUAUUUUUUCUGUCCAAAUUUCUUAAAAAACAAAACAGAAAUACCUUAUUUACAUAAGAUGUUUCUACAACUUGAUUGGAGUCCACCUGUGGUAAAUUCAAUUGAUUGGACAUGAUUUUGAAAGGCACACACCUGUCUAUUUAAGGUUCCACAGUUGAUAGUAUAUGUCAGAGCAACAACCAAGCCAUGAGGUUUAAGGUAUUGUCCAUAGAGCUCCGAGACAGGAUUGUCUCGAGGUAUAGAUCUGGGGAAGGGCACCAAACAUUUUCAGGGGAGAAGGGCCUUGGUCAGGGACAUAACCAAUAACCUGAUGGUCACUCUGACAGAGCUCCAGAGUUCCUCUGUGGAGAUGGGAGAACCUUCCAGAAGGACAACCAUCUCUGCAGCACUCCACCAAUAAGGCCUUUAUGGUAGAGUGGCCAGACAGAAGCCACUCCUCAGGAAAGGCACAUGACAGCCCGCUUGGAGUUUACCUAAAGGCACCUAAAGGACUCUCAGACUAUGAGAAACAAGAAACAACUCUUUGGCCUGAAUGCCAAGCGUCACUUCUGGAGGAAACCUGGCACCAUCCAUACGGUGAAGCAUGGUGGUGGCAGCAUUAUGCUGUGGGGAUGUUUUUCAGCGGCUGGGACUGGGAGACUAGUCAGGAUCGAGGGAAAGAUGAACGGAGCAAAGCACAGAGAGAUCCUUAAAACCUGCUCUAGAAUGCUCAGGACCUCAGACUGGGGCGAAGGUUCACCUUCUAACACGACAACGACCCUGAGCACACAGCCAAGACAACGCAGGAGUGGCUUCAGGACAAGUCUCUGAAUAUCCUUGAGUGGCCCAGUCAGAGUCCGGACUUGAACCCGAUCGAACAUCUCUGGAGAGACCUGAAAAUAGCUGUGCAGUGACGCUCCCCAUCCAACCUGACAGAGCUUGAGAGGAUCUGCAGAGAAGAAUGGGAGAAACUCCCGAAAUACAGGUGUGCUAAGCCAUACCCAAGAAGAAUCAAGGCCGUAAUCGCUGCCACAGGUGCUUCAACAAAGUACUGAGUAAAGCGGUCUGAAUACUUAUGUAAAUGUCGUAUUUCCAUUUAAAAAAUAUAUAUUUUCAAAAGUUUCUAUAACCUGUUUUUGCUUUGUCAUUAUGGGGUAUUGAGUGGAGAUUGAUGAGGGAUAAAAAUAAAUAAAUAGGCUGUAACGUAACAAAAUGUGGUAAAAGUGAAGGGGUCUGAAUACUUUCCGAAUGCACUGUAUAUUAAAGAUUUCUUCACCAAACUUUAUCAUAAUACUUUUAUUGUCAUCUGAAAAUGCAGUGUACCUCAAAGAACCAAGAAAUCACCAGUAUCUUGAAUAGUUAUUGCAUAGGCUAUCAAAGUGCACUCGUGGGUCCCGUCUUAACCAACCAUAAAUGCACAAAUGUGCUAAAAAAAAAUGCAUUUACAAUUUUUUAUUUGAAAUUCUCUAUUUUCAUUGCGAAUUAGAGUGCUGCAUACCUCAACAACUAUAUAAAUAUUUGCACAUUCAUAAUAACACUAGAGGAAAAUGUUUUAUUUAAAAUAUUAUAUGUUAAUAUCAAUCACCUACUAACAGAAUAAACAUACAAAAACGUAAUUCAACGUUUUUUUAAAUAAACUCAUGCUUUGUGUUAUUCUCCUUUAACCUGCCAGCACAGGCUCUAUGGUACCUCCAUUUUGUUGUCCACAAAGGGACACAGGGACUGGACAACUUGACCUGCAGUCACCCAAGCCUUGUCAUCCUUGGCAGGGCAAGAUGUAAAAAAUACCUGUGUGGUCGUUUCUACUCAAGAACUUGAUUUCAACAGCAUUACCGAGUCAGUCUUUCCCUGUUACCAGUCCCACAAACUGCCUGUAUAUACACUGACAAUACCAAAUAUGAGGAACACCUUCCUAACUAAGUUGAAAGCCUGACUGAGUGUCUAAAAAUGACUCGGGACCCACGGUCUAUAUUGACCCCGUUCUAGGUGUGGAUCUGGACCACGGUCUAUAUUGACCCCGUUCUAGGUGUGGAUCUGGACCACGGUCUAUAUUGACCCCGUUCUAGGUGUGGAUCUGGACCACGGUCUAUAUUGACCCCGUUCUAGGUGUGGAUCUGGACCACGGUCUAUAUUGACCCCGUUCUAGGUGUGGAUCUGGACCACGGUCUAUAUUGACCCCGUUCUAGGUGUGGAUCUGGACCACGGUCUAUAUUGACCCCGUUCUAGGUCCAGAUCUGGACCGUGACCUGCCAGUUGAGUGUGGCUGCCCUAUAAAGUCAUUUUUGAUUGGUUUUCAUCUUUCAUUGCAUUAGGUAAAGUGAUGAAAUGCCUAAUAAUAGAGUGGUAAUUGUCUGCUUUUAGUGAAGUGAAACUUUAUGCACAUCACACAUGAUGACAUCACACAAAUAUGUUUUUCUGUCUCGCUCUUCUUUAUUCAAACAGUUGCAUAACAUUACACAACACAACAUAACGCAACAUAACAUAACAUAAGAAAACACAACACAACACAACACAUGAUUACAUAACACAACAUAACAUAACACAACGUAAAGUAACAUAACACAAGACAUGUUUACAUAACGCAACAUAACAUAACACAACGUAAAGUAACAUAACACAACGUAACACAAAUUGCCUCUAAAUCAUAAAAUUUACAUUUUGGCCCUCCAGCACGUUAUAUUAACAUAAAUCGUCAAAAAAAGAAAAAGGCAAAGCCUUGUGCUACAAAAUGGUACAACAUAUCUUUUAAAGAUAUGGCUUUUAGCUGACGCUUUUCUCCAAAGCAACUUACAAUACAGUGAGUGCAUACAUAUAUUUAAAAUAUGGUCCCAGUGUGUGUGUGUGUGUGUGUGUGAUUUUGUAAUGUAGUAAGUACUAAGUAGUGUGUAACUGUCUUCAUGCAGGGCUCUCUCAGUUGGUGAGAACACAGCAGGUUGUCACAGCAACCCUGGGAGAAGAUGCAAUCUUAAACUGUGAGCUCAUGACACCCGAAGACGUGCGCCAAGUCACCUGGCAAAAAAUGACAACUGGAGCGAAUGAAAAUGUGGCCACCUACAGUAAACACGGUCCCAAUGUCAACCUACAUUUUAAGGGGAAAGUGGAGUUUGAAGACGAGGGACUGCAGAACUGCUCUAUCAUCAUCAGAGGAGUGUCAAGAGGAGACGAGUCCUGCUACAAGUGUCUGUUUAACACCUUUCCAGAUGGACCUAUCAGCGGAACGACCUGCCUCCAAGUCAAUGGUAAAAUCUGAUAACAUAAUGUACUGUAAACUUCAUCAGAACUUCAGGCAGCCAUUUUAUCAGAUCAUACAUCCAAUGUCUUGCAACCAUUUAUUAAAUUGAAUAAUUUAGUAAAUCAUGAAAAUUGAAUCAUUGUGGUCCUUAUUCACUGUGAACUGUGUCUGUUGUUGUUCUGUAGAGCUGUAUGGACCCUCACUCCUCAUCACACAAACCAACAACAGUCACACCACUCUGUCCUGUUCUGCUACUGGACGACCUGCUCCCAUAGUGACCUGGGAAGACAGAGAAAUUCUAGAAAAUUCCACAAUGGCCAAUGUCACCCAUCCCAAUGGAACUGUCAGUGUCACCAUAACUUCCACGCUGGCAGCAUUCAGUCUACCUGACAAAGACACCAGGGUUGGCUGUAUGGUGUCACUGUUCUCCGGGGGUGUCACCAAGAAUGUAUCCAUGGUUAUUCCAGCUAGCAAUCAAGCUCCAUUUGCUGGUGAGAAAUGGUUCUGUACAUGCCUACAGUAACAAUCAAUAUACUGGUGUCAUUCUGAAGUACUGUUUCUGUUUUUCUGUGCUAGGUCUACCUGAGGUCACUGAUGGUGACAGGAUCAGUGGUAAGUCAUUCAUCUAAUGACCACAACUAAUCUCUGACACUCUUCUCUGUGAAUUGUACCAUUCUCAUCUUGUCAUCUUUCACAGGUAAGCGAACAGUGAUUGGUGCAGUGAUGGGUUCACUGUGUUUCAUUGCUGUGUGCUGUGGAGCUGUGGCACUGUGGUGCAAACAGAGAAAUAAAAUGAGAAGGUCAGUUUUACUGUCCAGAUGACAAAGAGAAAAUACAGUAUUCAUUUGACAUUGAUUGUCAAGCUUACAAAAACAAUCUUUAGUCCAAAUACCACAGCCCAUGACAGAGAACAGGAAGAACUAUCAACAGUCAACCCUCAACAUGAUGACCCUGAAAUCUAGAGGUCUAAUCUAACAGUAAGACACAUAUUCUAAUUAACAGUAGGGUUUAUGAUUUCAAGUAAACAGUGUUUGUACUUACUGUAGGUAAGGAAUAGAGUAGAACACACUGAAUUGUUUUUCAGCAUCAAAUGGAAUCCCUGGAGAAUAUGUAACUGUAAAUGCCCACAAAGUAGUUAUAUUAGUACACUUUUACAACAGAUGAUUUGGCUCUUCUCAGUAUCAUUGCCAAUUUUAAUUUCUUUCAGGACCACAACAAUCUCCAGUCCAUUCAAAAUGUAAGUAUUUGUACAACCUUAUUUGUAUCAUCCUGGUAGAGUGCUUGAAACAGAGAUGAUUGUGAAUGUUAUAAUGUGUCACAAUAACCCCAAAAUUCAAAACAUCACUCCAAAAUGUACUUUUUGUGUUUCAGGUUACACUCCCUCAGCUCCUCAGCCAAGCGUAUGAUGCAACAAGCACAAGAUGUUGUAGAGAAGUAGGUUUAAGUCCUCUUUUAUUUUAUUCUCUCAACAAGAAGCUCUGGAAUGAUGUUCUGUGGUGGUAGUCACGGUGACUGAAUACAUGCAAAUGAUUUGCAUUGUUGUUAUGUUAAUCAUGUCACUAAUAUAGGAUACUCCAUUCAGUCAAUUUUUUAAUUACCUUAUUUUAUACAGAAUGCAGUGCAUUCGGAAAGUAUUCAGACCCCUUGACUUUUUCCACAUUUUGUUACGUUACAGCCUUAUUCUGAAAUGGAUUAAAUAAAAGUAUACUGUAUAAUGAUCAUUUUAAUUGUAUUUUAAACACCUUGGUCAGCUAUUUGUUUGUAUUAGACCAUAGCUGUCAACACUUGACAGUUUUGACAUUUCUAUCUUAGGAACCUUUUAGAGUCUUACGAGAACUGAGUGACUACCACACUGUCUAACACACAUCUGUGUGGUUCAGAGACCGUCUCUAUCCAUAGGCAUUGUGGGUACGGAAUAGUGGACUGAAUGGCUGACACACAUACAGUGGGGGAAAAAGUAUUUAGUCAGCCACCAAUUGUGCAAGUUCUCCCACUUAAAAAGAUGAGAGAGGCCUGUAAUUUUCAUCAUAGGUACACGUCAACUAUGACAGACAAAAUGAGAAGAAAAAAAUCCAGAAGAUCACAUUGUAGGACUUUUAAUGAAUUUAUUUGCAAAUUAUGGUGGAAAAUAAGUAUUUGGUCAAUAACAAAAGUUUCUCAAUACUUUGUUAUAUACCCUUUGUUGACAAUGACACAGGUCAAACGUUUUCUGUAAGUCUUCACAAGGUUUUCACACACUGUUGCUGGUAUUUUGGCCCAUUCCUCCAUGCAGAUCUCCUCUAGAGCAGUGAUGUUUUGGGGCUGUCGCUGGGCAACACGGACUUUCAACUCCCUCCAAAGAUUUUCUAUGGGGUUGAGAUCUGGAGACUGGCUAGGCCACUCCAGGACCUUGAAAUGCUUCUUACGAAGCCACUCCUUCGUUGCCCGGGCGGUGUGUUUGGGAUCAUUGUCAUGCUGGAAGACCCAGCCAUGUUUCAUCUUCAAUGCCCUUGCUGAUGGAAGGAGGUUUUCACUCAAAAUCUCACGAUACAUGGCCCCAUUCAUUAUUUCCUUUACACGGAUCAGUCGUCCUGGUCCCUUUGCAGAAAAACAGCCCCAAAGCAUGAUGUUUCCACCCCCAUGCUUCACAGUAGGUAUGGUGUUCUUUGGAUGCAACUCAGCAUUCUUUGUCCUCCAAACACGACGAGUUGAGUUUUUACCAAAAAGUUCUAUUUUGGUUUCAUCUGACCAUAUGACAUUCUCCCAAUCCUCUUCUGGAUCAUCCAAAUGCACUCUAGCAAACUUCAGACGGGCCUGGACAUGUACUGGCUUAAGCAGGGGGACACGUCUGGCACUGCAGGAUUUGAGUCCCUGGCGGCGUAGUGUGUUACUGAUGGUAGGCUUUGUUAUUUUAGUCCCAGCUCUCUGCAGGUCAUUCACUAGGUCCCCCCGUGUGGUUCUGGGAUUUUUGCUCACCGUUCUUGUGAUCAUUUUGACCCCACGGGGUGAGAUCUUGCGUGGAGCCCCAGAUCGAGGGAGAUUAUCAGUGGUCUUGUAUGUCUUCCAUUUCCUAAUAAUUGCUCCCACAGUUGAUUUCUUCAAACCAAGCUGCUUACCUAUUGCAGAUUCAGCCUUCCCAGCCUGGUGCAGGUCUACAAUUUUGUUUCUGGUGUCCUUUGACAGCUCUUUGGUCUUGGCCAUAGUGGAGUUUGGAGUGUGACUGUUUGAGGUUGUGGACAGGUGUCUUUUAUACUGAUAACAAGUUCAAACAGGUGCCAUUAAUACAGGUAACGAGUGGAGGACAGAGGAGCCUCUUAAAGAAGAAGUUACAGGUCUGUGAGAGCCAGAAAUCUUGCUUGUUUGUAGGUGACCAAAUACUUAUUUUCCACCAUAAUUUGCAAAUAAAUUCAUAAAAAAUCCUACAGAGAUUUUCUGGAUUUUUUUAUUUCUCAAUUUGUCUGUCAUAGUUGACAUGUACCUAUGAUGAAAAUUACAGGCCUCUCUCAUCUUUUUAAGUGGGAGAACUUGCACAAUUGGUGGCUGACUAAAUACAUUUUUUCCCAACUGUAGAUAGGCCUGCUGGUUAUUGUAUGUGUAAAUACAGUAUCUAUGUAUGUAAAUAUAUUUAGCAGUUGGUUAAUGAUGAAACAUGAUAAAUCCACACUAGACUUGUGUUUUGUUUUAUUCUUCCCUUUAAUAUGAAUCAAA